CACUACUGUAGAUGACCCUCGUAAAAGCAUUGAAGAGUUAAUUAAUGCUGGUUUAAAAACGCAUAAUGAACGGGGCAGUAAACACUUUAACAAGAAAAAUAAGGUUUGAUGAUUUUUUGGUAGCAAGGAACCACGGGGUGGAGAAGACAUGGGUAAAAGGAACAUGGGUUAAAGGGUGAAGGGAACAUGGGGAUAUAGGCUGGGAGGAACACUAGUAUAGUGUGAACGGCACAUAUGUAGGUUCAUAAUGUGAAGGGAGCCUCGGAAGAGGUUAUAGUAUGAAGGGAACAUAGGAUUAUAGUCCGAAGGGAACAUUGGGUUAUAGUCCGAAGGGAACAUUGGGUCAUAAUAUGAAGAGAAUAUAGGAUUAUAGUCUGUAGGGAACAUUGGGUUUUAGUUCGAAGGGAACAUGGGGUCAAAUGUGAAGAGAAUAUAGAUAUGUUGCCAAACUCAUUUUGGCGUCCUCCAACAAAAACGCGUUGUUCUUCUGGCCAUUCGCGCGACUCUUCUGAUGAUGGGUUUGGCUCGUCUGCAGGGCGCCAUACCCUCAGCCCUUCCUCCAUUUCCUCUUUUGGUUUUCAUCAAGGAGGAGGAGGGAAUGUCCCAAUGGCUCUAACAGACCCAAUGACUGGUCAGAAUUAUUCCGCUUCUUGUUCUGCUAUAAUACAUCAAAGACAAGCUAGUGCCCCAGCUUUAAUUAAUUAUGAACAAUAUGAGCCACAACAACACUUUACCCAACAAAGUGUUAAUGAUGUUUCCCAACAACAACAUUCUUCUACCCCGCAACAAAUGCCCACAUCCCACCAUCAUUUACAUCAUCAGCAACAACAUAUGGCCAAUUCCAAAAAUAGUCGUUCUGCCCUUCCCCCACUUGCUCAACCCUAUCAACAUGCUUAUAGUCGUUCACUUAAUGCAAUGGCAGCAACUUCCCCUCCUGGAGCACAGCAACAACAAAACUAUCAAAGACAGCAUGGUUCUACUGCCAAUAGCCAUAUGUUUUUAAAUGCUAUGGCAGAAUUGCCCCCAGUUGCCCACCAAAGAGCGGCCAAAUCUUGUGAUUUUGAUAUGCUGGCAGGAAAUAACAAUAAUAAUCAAAUAAUGUCCCCAACACAAAUUAAUCCUUACCAACAGCAACAACAACAAUCUGAAUAUUUUGGGCAACAACAGAAUGUUGCUGCUCCAAUUAAUGAUCCUAACAAAUUCCCUACAUCAGCAGCAGUGUAUUGGUCUACCACUCGCGGAAAGAGCCAAAGUCUAGAUCCUUUAGCCUUCGAAUCAGCUGCUGCAGUAGCCGCGGGUACAGGAGGUUUUCACCAGUCUUCAAACAAUUCUACAGCCCAUUUCUCUUCAAAUCCUUCCACAGCUAUUGCCUCUCCCCCUACCAACGACAAUAAUAAUCCUUCCUCUACCUCUCAACAACAAAUUAUUGAAAAUUCUUUUAUUGGACGUUCUCAUCAAUCCCCACAAAGUGCUACUACUAUACUUUUGGAUGAUGACGGCCUUGGACCCUUACCCGAAGGUUGGGAGAAGGCAUACACUCCAAACGGAGACCCUUACUUUAUCGACCAUAUCCACAAAGAAACUACUUGGUACGACCCUCGAUUGCCCAAAGAAGUACAACAACAAAUAGUAAUAAGUCGGCAUACCCACAAAUCAGAGCAACAACAACACCAAGAUAAUGCAAACUUUCAACAUUCCUAUAGCCAGUCGGCUGGGGCAGCAAUGGGGACAAACAAAAUGGCUUCUAAUAACAAUAGACAAAAUUUCCAUGGAGGCUCCUCUUCCGUUGGACCUACACCUAAUACAAUUACAAAUUCUGUAUUGGCUGGGGGACUGGAUAGAGUACAACAACUUAAGCAAGAGAAGCAAUGUAUGCAGGAGAGACGUGAACAAAUUAUUAGACAGGGUCUGUUGGAUCCCUCAUUUCUUGGCCGCCCACCCCACGAUUCUUCAGCUGCCAAUUCUAUGGAUACUUACGGCAAUCAAGCUGGAAGCGACUGUCAUUCAUCUCAACACAACCAGUCAUUAUUCCUUCAAAGAGCAAAUGCCGCUCCUUUACAACAGGAAAUUAUGAUGGAGGUGGAUUCCACAUCAUUUCCCCAGCAACAGCAGCAAUCCGUUGUUAUUGGCUAUAUGGAUCCGUUAUUCCAGGGACUCAAUGCAGCCGAUCUUAACCCUCAAGAGUUCGACAAGUAUUUAAUUAUCAAUGAGAGUCGUUCUCCAACAACCACUACUGCCCCGCAAAACAUGGCUACACAAUAAAGUGACAAAAAAUAAAGAAAAGUUGUGAUUUGUGAAUAAUUAUAAGCCAUUUUUCAUUUUUUUCGUUUAACUUGCCCGAUUCGUCUGCCUUAAUUCUUUAAGAGGAGUAUAUAUUUUAAAAUUAAUCUUUGAUUUUUCUGUCCACAGCUAUUUAUAGGCGACAUUUCCUAAUGCCGCUACUAAUGAUAAUUGACUGUCCAUUAUAUAGAGGUUCGAUUGACUGUCGCUUAUAUGUAGAUCCAAAUAAGUCCAUUAUAUAGAGGUUCGAUUAACUGUCCAUUAUAUAGAGGUUCGAUUAACUGUCUAUUAUAUAGGGAUCCAAAUGACUGUACAUAUAUAGAGGUUAAAUUGACCGUCCAUUAUAUGGAGGUUCAAAGAUUAAUUUUAAAGCUCCUCUGUUUUAAAUGCCUUGCCUAAAUAUUUUACAAAAAAUUGUUCUCUCAAAAAAAUUUAACUUAAAAAUUUUCCAUACUCACACACCUCCCCCCUAUUUUUUAAACGCACGGUUCCUUUCGAUUCAAUUAUUAAAUAUAUUAUUUUUUAUUUAAAUAAAAUUAUUUUUUACUGUUAAAUGGUCUUAAGAUUUGAUCAAGCCGGACAUAAUUUAAAACGUUUAUUAGUCGAGAAUUUAAAGUGAAGGUGAAAGGAACGCCGAGUAGCUUGGUUAGUAGACUGUUCUACUGGGCGUUAACUGAGCUGUCAGGGGCCACGCGUACUUGCAGCAAAAACAAUUAGUAAAAAUGCCGGGAGGUCACUGUUUGCGGAGCUGUAAAAGAAAGAAAUUUGGCUUCUUGGCCAAGUUUCAGAAUUUUCGUCUGCGCCGAUGGGAAAGGAAGCGAUUCUUUGAAAAAGGGAAGUGGUUACUAACUCUAGCCGAGCGCUAACGGUGCAAAAUCUGAUUAGACUUUCAAUUACCCUUCCGUUAAAAUUUACUAUAAAAGCUUUGUUUAUCGCUUCAUUUUUCCUUCCAAACGC